GGCUGCUCGGCGACAGGGGAGUGCAACUCUCUGCCUCUCCGAGGACACUGGCCGGCGGCCACCCGGCCACAACUUGCCCACUGAAAGCAAACCCCGGAACAGCCGGAGAAUGUCCACCCCGAGCCGAUUCAAAAAGGACAAAGAGAUCAUAGCCGAGUAUGAAAGUCAAGUGAAAGAAAUCCGAGCUCAACUGGUUGAGCAGCAAAAAUGCCUCGAGCAGCAGACGGAGAUGCGAGUCCAGCUGCUGCAGGACCUGCAAGACUUCUUCCGGAAAAAAGCCGAAAUUGAGACGGAAUAUUCCCGCAACCUGGAGAAGUUGGCGGAAAGGUUCAUGGCCAAAACAAGAAGUACUAAGGACCACCAGCAGUUCAAGAAGGACCAGAACCUGUUGUCUCCUGUGAACUGCUGGUACUUACUCCUCAACCAAGUGAGGAGAGAAAGCAAAGACCACGCCACCCUGAGCGACAUCUACCUGAACAAUGUCAUUAUGAGGUUCAUGCAAAUCAGCGAGGAUUCCACCCGGAUGUUUAAAAAGAGCAAAGAGAUUGCAUUCCAGCUGCACGAGGACUUAAUGAAGGUUCUUAACGAGCUCUACACCGUGAUGAAGACAUACCACAUGUAUCACGCGGAGAGCGUCACUGCAGAGAGCAAACUCAAGGAAGCCGAGAAGCAAGAGGAGAAACAAAUUGGGCGGUCCGGCGAUCCUGUCUUCCACAUAAGACUAGAAGAGAGACACCAGCGGCGUAGCUCUGUAAAGAAAAUUGAAAAAAUGAAGGAAAAGAGACAAGCCAAAUACUCAGAAAAUAAGCUGAAGUCGAUUAAAGCACGGAACGAAUAUCUCCUAACACUCGAGGCAACCAAUGCCUCGGUGUUCAAGUAUUAUAUUCACGAUCUCUCGGACUUAAUCGACUGCUGUGAUCUUGGCUACCACGCAAGUCUGAACAGAGCCCUCAGAACGUAUCUCUCGGCAGAGUACAACCUUGAAACCUCCAGACAUGAAGGCUUAGACAUCAUUGAAAAUGCUGUUGACAACUUAGAGCCAAGGAGUGACAAGCAGAGAUUCAUGGAGAUGUACCCUGCUGCCUUCUGCCCACCAAUGAAGUUUGAAUUUCAGUCUCAUAUGGGUGAUGAGGUGUGCCAGGUCAGUGCCCAGCAGCCAGUCCAGGCGGAACUCAUGCUCCGGAACCAACAGCUACAGUCCCGGCUGGCCACACUCAAGAUUGAGAAUGAGGAGGUCAAGAAAACGACGGAAGCCACCCUGCAGACGAUCCAGGACAUGGUCACGAUUGAGGACUACGAUGUGUCCGAGUGCUUCCAGCACAGUCGCUCCACCGAGUCCGUGAAGUCGACUGUGUCUGAGACCUACCUGAGUAAGCCCAGCAUCGCCAAGAGACGAGCUAACCAGCAAGAAACAGAACACUUCUACUUCAUGAAACUCCGAGAGUUCUUGGAAGGCAGCAAUCUCAUCACAAAGCUUCAGGCCAAGCACGACUUACUACAGAGGACUCUUGGAGAAGGUCAUAGAGCUGAAUAUAUGACCACAAGGCCUCCAAACGUCCCCCCUAAGCCCCAGAAACACAGGAAGUCCAGGGCCCGCUGCCAGUUUAAUGCUAAGUUGUUUAAUGGGGAUUUGGAGACAUUCGUCAAGGACUCGGGCCAGAUAAUCCCUCUCAUUGUGGAAAGCUGUAUUCGGUUCAUCAAUCUGUACGGUCUCCAGCACCAGGGGAUUUUCAGAGUGUCUGGUUCCCAGGUGGAAGUGAAUGAUAUCAAGAACUCCUUUGAAAGAGGUGAGAACCCUUUGGCUGAUGACCAGAGCAACCACGAUAUCAAUUCUGUGGCUGGCGUUCUGAAGCUCUACUUCCGAGGGCUGGAAAACCCCCUCUUUCCCAAGGAAAGGUUUAAUGACCUUAUUUCUUGUAUCAGAAUAGACAAUCUCUACGAGAGGGCGCUUCACAUCCGCAAGCUCCUCUUGACUCUGCCCAGGUCGGUCCUCAUAGUGAUGAGGUAUCUGUUCGCCUUUCUCAAUCAUCUUUCCCAGUACAGUGACGAGAACAUGAUGGACCCUUAUAAUCUGGCCAUUUGCUUUGGCCCAACCUUGAUGCCUGUUCCGGAGAUACAGGACCAAGUGUCUUGCCAGGCACACGUGAAUGAAAUCGUAAAGACCAUCAUCAUCCACCACGAGGCUAUUUUCCCGGACACUAAAGAGCUGGAUGGCCCAGUGUAUGAGAAAUGCAUGGCUGGAGGCGACUACUGCGACAGCCCAUACAGUGAGCAUGGUACGCUGGAGGAAGUGGACCAAGACGCGGGCACAGAGCCCCACACCAGCGAAGACGAGUGUGAGCCGAUUGAAGCGAUAGCCAAAUUUGACUACGUAGGGCGGUCUGCUAGAGAGCUGUCCUUCAAGAAGGGUGCGUCCCUGCUGCUCUAUCACCGAGCCUCUGAGGAUUGGUGGGAAGGCAGGCACAACGGAAUCGACGGGCUUGUGCCUCAUCAGUACAUAGUGGUGCAAGACAUGGACGAUACAUUUUCAGACACUCUGAGCCAAAAAGCCAGCAGUGAAGCCAGCAGUGGGCCGGCCACCGAAGACAAGUCUUCAUCCAAGGACAUGAGCUCUCCCACAGACCGCCAUUCCGACAGCUAUUUAGCCAGGCAAAGGAAAAGAGGAGAGCCACCCCCUCCAGGAAGACGUCCUGGCAGGACCAGUGAUGGCCAUUGUCCCCUCCACCCCCCACACGCUCUUUCUAACUCCUCAAUUGACCUGGGGUCCCCAAACCUAGCCAGUCACCCCAGAGGCCUGUUGCAGAACCGCGGCCUCAACAAUGACAGUCCUGAGAGGCGGCGGCGGCCGGGCCAUGGCAGCCUGACCAACAUCAGCCGGCAUGACUCCCUUAAGAAGAUCGACAGCCCUCCUAUCAGGAGGUCUACGUCAUCAGGCCAGUACACGGGCUUCAACGACCACAAGCCACUGGACCCGGAAACAAUUGCUCAGGACAUCGAAGAGACCAUGAACACUGCCUUGAAUGAACUCCGUGAACUAGAGAGACAGAGCACAGUGAAACACACCCCCGAUGUCGUGCUGGACACCUUGGAACAAGUGAAAAACUCGCCCACCCCUGCCGCGUCCAUGGAAUCUCUCAGCCCGUUGCACAGCGUCACCCUCCGGAGCUCAGAGCCUCAGAUCCGCCGGAGCACAAGCUCGUCCAGCGAUACCAUGAGUACUUUCAAGCCAAUGGUGGCGCCCAGGAUGGGCGUGCAGCUAAAGCCCCCCGCCCUUAGGCCAAAGCCUGCUGUUCUUCCAAAAACAAAUCCUACUGUGGGGCCCGCUGCACCCUCCCAGGGCCCCACAGACAAAUCCUGCACGAUGUAGAAACCGAGGUCGUGAGGGGAGGGGUCUGAAAGUCAAGAUGAAUUAGUGACAAGAGUCAGUGACCUGUGACGUUCCUUAGUCUUGCGCUUAUAACUGGAGAUCUUUAGACUUUUCUAUGUUGUCAGAUGUCAUGAUGUCUGGGACUAGCUAAAUUAACAUGGGCAUUUGUAUUUUGUAACUUUUUUUAAUAACUGGACCUACAUCAUUUUAAAGACAAUAGAAACACGUAGACUUACUUGAAAAUACAAUGCUGCACCCCUUGUAAUGAAGGCAACACCUCGCUCCACAUGGUAUAUGGCUUUGGAUUUAGUGU